UCACGCUGAUUUCUGUGCUCUUCUUUGUUAAAACAGACUUUAAAGAGAAUCUUACCAAAAUAUUUCACACCAAAAUCUAAAGAAAACAGUAAUGAUAUUUUGCAUAAAGAAAUUGAGGCCUUUUUUUUUUUUUUUUUGCAUUGUGACUAUUUUCACUGUAAUUAAACUCGUUAACCCCCUAAAUUCUCUUAAGCAAAAUGCAAAUUGUUUAAUUAUACAUAAAUGAGUUUGAGUACUACAAAUACUAAUAUUGUUUAUACUUGCUGUGCUUUACAUGCUUUUUAUGAAAAUACUAACAAAAAUGAGAUUUGUAUUCAUUAGGAGGGAUUUAUAUUAGUCAUUAGGUUAUGUAGUUUUUAUUCAUUUCAGUUUUAGUUAUUUUAGUACAUAAAUGAAAAAUGUUGCUUUGGCAACUAGUUUUGUUUCAGUUAACAUUUAUUUUACAUGAAUCAAGUCUUUUUUUUUUGUUAAUUAUACAUAAAUUAAAUUGAGUACUACAAAUACUAUAGUUACUUACUGUAUUUUACAAUUUCUAUUUUUUAUGGCGAUGCUGUAAUAAAAAAGAGAUCUGUAUUCAUUAGGAGGGGUUUAAAUGUGCUCAAAUGUCUUGAAUACAAUCUAAAAAGCUUGAAGUAGGUUUAUUUUCAUGCUGCAUGUACUAUAUAUUUUUAUAUUUUUGAUUUUGGGGUGAAUAUUACAAAUAUUGUUCGCUCUAAUUGACGAAGUGCUUUUACAUGCAUGCAUGUACAAGUUACAAAUCCGGUCUGUACCACGAAGAGAUCAGUGUCUUGUGUUUGUCUCUGAAUGUACAAACACCUGUGUGUGUGUGUGUGUGAUUGAGUGAAUUCGAUCUCUUCCUCUGGUCUUGGAGGUGGCACUGAUCUCCAGCGGUGGGCGUCACAGAGAGACAGAAGAGGAGCGGAGAUCCAGCCGCACAUUCAAUAACCGUCCUGCAGCUCUGUACUGAGCUCAGUGAUGAUGAAGGAAACGCUCCAGUGACAUGGAUGGGCUGGAAGGUUCUGGAUCUGGAUCCGGUUGGUGCGUGAACUGUGGGAACAGAUCGGACUGGGAAGACUGGUUAGGCCCGUCGCUCUUCGGCGACACCGUGCUUGUGGUCGUUACGACGGUGUGCGUUCCGCUGCUGCUGCUCGGCCUGCUGGGAAACGCCCUAACGAUUCUGGUGGUGUGGCGACGCCCACAGAUGAGAAGCACCACCUACCUGUACCUGAGCAGUAUGGCCGUAUCAGACAUCCUGAUUUUGCUGUUGAUGCCUCUGGAUCUCUAUAAGCUGUGGCGGUAUCGUCCGUGGUUGCUGGGGGACGCCGUGUGCAAGCUGUCGGUGUUUGUGGGAGAAUGCUGCACCUUCUCAUCCAUCUUGCACAUGACUGCACUGGGGGCGGAGCGAUACCUGGCCGUAUGCUUCCCUCUCCGCGCACGCUUGCUCGUGACGAGGAGGCGUGUCCGCGUGCUAAUCGCAGGGCUGUGGGGCGUGGCCAUGCUCAGUGCGGGACCCGCGUUGGCUUUGGUAGGGGUGGAGCAAUUCGAGGGCGGAGCCAGCGAAUGCCGCUGCACGCAGUACGCUCAGACCUCCGGGCUCCUGAAAGCCAUGCUGUGGCUCUCCAACCUCUAUUUCAUUUGCCCUCUCACAAUUCUGACCCUCCUCUACGGCCUGAUCGCCCGCCGCCUGCACCUGCGCGCACACACGCACCGAGACAAAACGCACCACCAGACCCUCCGGAUGAUGGUGGUAAUCGUGCUGGUGUUCAUCUUGUGUUGGCUGCCGUUCCAUGUGAGUCGGACGCUGUUUUCGGUGUCGGACUCCAGUGAUUUGUAUUACAUCAGUCAGUAUUUUAAUCUGGUGUCUUUAGUGCUGUUUUAUGUCAGUGCUGCUGUGAAUCCUCUGCUGUACAACAUCAUGUCCGCUCGCUACCGCGCCAAUGUCCUCGCCAUGCUGCGGUCAAUAGUGGGCUCCACGGACGAGCAGCACCACAGGGCCCGCACCUCCCCGCUCACCGCCUCUCACUCCAGCACACACUUCUGACCUGUGUGUGUUAGGCUUGAAACAAACUGUACACAAAUAAGACUUUGGAGGGAACUAAUACUGAGGUUUAUUACCACCACAGUAACACAAGAAUGCACUGUAACUGUUCAGUGGGGCCACUGGCCAAGCAUUUGUGUUCAUCCGUUCAGGUUUACUUUUUGCAUUUAUGUACUUUCGUACUUUUGCAUUUGUUUACAUUUACUUUUGCGUACUUUUAUAUUUUUGCAUUCAUUUACAUUUACACUUUGCAUUUAUGUAGUUUACUACUUUUGC